UCACGCGCGUCAUUCCUGAUUCGCUUGGUCUGCCUGUUUCGCUAUAACAUGGCGUUGGUUUGCUUUUCAGAAUAUUUCCCGAUUUAAUCCUUUCAAAGGUAUGUUUUAUACAACAUUUUGUACUUUAAUACAUGUAACAACAUUGAAUAGAAUAACAACAUGAAAAAGAUGCAAAAAUGGACAUGAAUUUAUCGCGAUAUGGUACGAUAGCUUUAUGUCAAUGUUUGCGCACCGGGGUGUAACGUGUCUGCACAACUAAAAGAUGUUCGAUAAUUUUCUCAUAAAAUACAUAUAGUUCUAGUGGUUUUAACUGUUCAAUUCAAGAACUGUCAUCUUUAAGCGGGUACUAACUUGCAUAUUAGUCUAUUCCUACGGCAAAUCUUUAUCCAACGCAUGAAUGAUUUUAAUAUUGUAAUAUUUGGUUUCAUUUUGUCGAAUGUAGUUGUGGUGCUCAGUCACUCAGGACACCAAUAUGUGUUUGCUGGAAACUUUAAUCCACUAUACCCCUAUACACCAUGUAUAAAGAACAAUUACGACAAAACCUGUUUUCCAAACUAUAUUUGUACGGCACAUUUUUAUUUUUAUUAUACACGCAUAUUUCCUUGACAUUUUGUCACAUGAUAAUAGUCCAUCUUCAUUGUACUCGACUACACGUGGUGUAUUUUAAGAUUUGCUAAUACAAGCCGUCUCCCUUCGUAACGCAUAGUCGCAUUAGUAACUUAUCUCGUGUUGUAAAAAGUAAAAAAAAGUGAGCGAAUAAACUGAAAUGGGCGAGCUUGAACACCCAAGCGCAGCGAGGCUACAAUCCGCGCUUCCUGCAGCUAAAUAAAUACGAGUUGACUUGUAGCAAGUUUAGGUGUGUAUAUAAAGAACUUCAAAUCCUGUUUUCCACUUAGUCAUAUUAACCGUCGCAGCCAUGUUCGACAUGGGUCUCUUGUACAUUCUACUAUUGUUUUAUGCCUAUAGUUAUUUUUCUCAAACUGUGUGACAGUUUCAGACCCAGCUAAAGGGUUUGGGUAUAUUGGUAUUUUAUUGACCAUUUUACUGUUGGUAUGCAGUGUUUUAUUGUUGAAAUAAGUUGAAAUAUGGGUAUAACGUAUCCUAUACAUUUACCCUACUGUCCUACACUAUAAGUACUCUGACUGGUAUAUUAAGGCAUGUUGGUAUAACCCACAUGGCUAGACCUGCACGAGUUUGAUUUUAAUUAAACCUCUUUCAAAGUAACAAUUUUAUUUCUUUGUCCUUUGAGUUAAAAUUUGAUCAUUCUCGAAUCUUGUUUCAAGCAACGUUUAUACAGUAUACUUUAACCAUCUUGCAGCAUGUAGCAUGCACAAUUUAUCACAUAUGCAGUACAAUGUAUUUUGUGCAUGACUGCAUCACAAGACAAUCGUAGAGUGCCCUUUCUAGUUAUGUUUGUAACAUAUUCGUAACUAUAUCUAGUCUAGAUCAAAGAACUUAUUAUAUCUAGAUCCUUCGCGGUAGAUUAUACUGAUUAUAGAGCUUCUCACUCGCCUAAGCGUCGUGACACUGUAAGUCUCUAUUUUUGUGCUUUGUGCAUAAACUAUCAACGAAGAUGCUAUAUUCUGUGUGCACUGCUAAGCUGGACAAAAUGAACCAACCGUUUUCAGUGUAGCCUGAAUUUCAAACUCUGAUGAGAUUUUCAGUAUAAGUUAUCGAGAGUCUACCAUAUCGCUGUCAUUUCUGAUGUAUAUUUGCGUGUACCAUGGCCAAUUAAACUUGACGAGACCGACAUACAAUAUCCGCGGUGUAAAGUAUGUGGGGUUUAUUUCUUGCUCGGCUGUGUCACAGCUCGAGUGCGGAUGUGACAGCAAAUAUGCCCCCCGAAAAUAUAUGGCUCCCCGAGCUAAAUUCCAUAGGAAAUAUGGGCUGGGAGGCCAAAUUUAGGGUGGGGGGAUACACCCUUUCGUUCAUAACCCCACGAAUAACACCAUUGCUUGGGAGCCUCGAUAUAUUGGUCAUAUUGAAUCAAGACUCCGUAUUCUGAAAGCUCACUCACACUCACACUCAAUGAGUGGAGGUUCAAUCUGAGCUUCUCUUGAGUGUCACUGCUGUUUUUGAAUAGCUGUAGGGUUAGUGUCGUACCUAAGUAUGUGACUACUCGCCCUCUAGCUAUUCAAAAAUUAAACAGCAUUGACAUUGAGUGUGCGUGAGCUUGUAGAAUACGGGCGUAAUUGCCGUAAAAACAAUUUACUCGCGAUUCACGAGAACGAGGCUUCCAGGACAAGGAUAGUUGUGUGACGUAUUAUCGAAAAGGUGUAUUUCCUGGGACACUGGCUCUAAUGCACAAAUAUAGUCUGAAAACUUAGUAUGUCGUUUGGCAUCCGAGACACGCAUUCAAAACCAGAAGAGCCUCACGGACUGUAGUCGCAUGCACAGAACCACUAAUAAAUCAAUAAAUCAACGAAACAUGGAAGCACACUAUAUCAAGUAUUUUCAUUCAACUUUCUGCUCAGGGUCAUUUCAUAUAUAUAAUUACAAGUUUUGUCUACGAUUGUAUAAAUAGGGUCAAACUACAUUCAAACAUGAAACCAUAAGAAAAGAAUAUAUAAUUUUAUCCGCGCGUCGCAUCAUUUCACACUCGGCUUCUUGUUAUAUUCCGUAGUCAGGGGGGUUGUGCCAGUUUCAAUAUUUUUUCCUUUAUGCAUAAAUUUUCUCAAUAGCAAUUUUAAUUCUGAAAGCAAUGCAAUUUCCUUGCUUGCGCAAAAGUGUCAAAUACUGUAUACUCGCAUGUAAUAUACGCUCAUAACUUCACUCAACUCAUUUUACCAUGUAAUCAACCCUGAAAUCCUACUCUUCAGAGAGGUUAUAUCAUACACUCAAAGGUGUUAUUAUACAAGUGUAAUAGUGUCUAGCAAAUGGUGGCCAAUUUGGACACUUAUAGGCGCAAGAAAAUUAAACUACCGGGUGUCAAAACUGGACAGUGUUUGAUUUCAUGUAACGUAAAAGCUAUAAAAGCUAUCGCAAUGAAAUAAAGAUCAUUGCAUUCAGAAAGGUCUAACUUAGAUUUUGAUAUAUAACACUUGAAUUUACAUGCAAUAUUGACUGCGCUAUUGAUGUUUGAACAUUGAACUAUACUGUUUUCGAAAAUGCAAAAAAAUUAGCAUAAAACAAAAAUAAUAAUUUUUUUUAUUUUGGUCAGUUUUAUCUCGCUCAAUAAUGCAUGUAAAUUCAAGUGUUUUAUAUCAAAAUCUAAGUUAGUCCUUUCAUUGCAAUAGCCUUUAUAGCUUUUACGUUACAUGAAAUCAAACAGUGUCCAGUUUUUUUGAGGAAUUUUCUCUCAAUUAUGUCACUAAAUAAAAGACUACUCCAUAUAAUGAAAAGAGUGAACAUUAUUUUCUCACUCUGAUAACUGCAGGUUGACCAGCAUCUGCUGCACGAUAGUGCUUAUAUAGUGAGAUCGAGGUGUUAGUAGCAUUCUAAGGAGAGUUCAAAGAGAGCCUGUUCGCAGGCUAGUAGCAUUCAUUCAUUCAUGUACUUAUAUAUAAAACUAUCUUCACUUUUCAGAUAUUCGAGUUUCUUUCAUCUUUUCGUGUGAUACCUGCGUAAAAUGAACAAUACUCAAUAAUCUCGCAACUCCAAAAUGUUCAAAAUGGUUCGCUGGACGUUUAAGGAAAAACGCAACUUAACCCUUUUCGCGUUCUCUACGCGAAUGUUUUUUAUGGGGGUUGAGUACGCAGUGAUAUUUCCUUCGGUGUGGCUAUAUUUAAAAAUAUUCCAUGUCGAUUAUUGGUAUUUGGGGUUAGUGUUAUCCGCUUAUAACAUGGUCGGAAUCGUUAGUACUGCAUUGGUUGGGCGUUUGGUGGAUAUGACCCGAAAAGUGAGGUUUACAGGAUUUCUAUGGAAUCUGGCUGAAAUUGCGGGUAAUUUUAUAUAUGCAAUGCCUUUCUGGGUUGGGUUACCUCUUAUUGGUCGCAUGGUCGCCGGGUUUGGUGAAGGCUUCAUAUCAGCUAUGUGGGGUGAGCUCGCGAGAGUCACCACCAGAGAACAGAGAACACGCUACUUCACGAUCCUAAAAGGCAGUAACCUCUUAGGGGCCGCAUUGGGCCCUGCGUUCAAUUUGUUUUUGAAGGAGAUCAAUUUUAAUAUUGGAGCAUGGCCGAUUGACUUUCGUACCUCGCCUGGGUUUAUCAUGGGUUUAAUUUGGAUUGUUGUGACCAUUCUUAUGUUAGUUGCUGUUUUUGAUCUCUCGUGGGAACUGAAAAACAACCCUGACUAUCAGUUGCUCAUAGAAGAACCAGCGAGCAAAUUGAAGAGAAAGAAGAAGCCUAAACAUAGCCUUACCUCGCCAGAAAAAAGCCCUCGAAUGAUAAAAAAAGAGCCCAUGCAGUCGCCAGGACAUAGCCCUCCCGCGCCUAGAAAGGAAGUGUUCCCCACCUUGAAACAACGUUCCCAACCCCAGCCGGAGGAUUCGCCCAAAAGGACCAUUUUGGACAUGGCGGACGAAGCAAUAGCUUUGAAAAAGCUUCAACAAGACGAAAGCCCAGCGACCGAGCCAGUAGAAAAGUCUGAAAAGUCUCAUGAAAUACAAGAAGAGCCUGAAGAUACAACUACAAAACCGUUGCCAGAUGAACAUGAAACCGUAGAGAGCCUUCCAAAUGAACCCGGUACUCCUCAAACCCCUGAAAACAAACGAAAUCAUUUCGAAAGCUUUGAUUCAACAUCAGGCAGUGAUGCUGAAGAAGCGUUAGAUAUCGAAGAUGCAGACAAAGCGACAUUUAAAGAAGCCAUUCUAGACAUGUUUACAAAAUUCCAUGUCGUCGUUAUGAUUUAUCUUCUCUUCUUUAUGUAUGUCAUACACACCUGUCUUCAAGGAAUCUCGCCUCUCAUUGCUGAGAACAUGUUAUUCUGGAGCGAAACACAAGUCAGCAUCCUCUACACGGUCUGGGGACUGGAAAUUAUAUUGGUUUUAGUGGUCGUGUGGCUAAUCGCACCAAAAGUCUCGGAUCGCAUUAUCCUCAUGUUUGCCGUGAUAUGUGGCUGUGGCUCAUCUGCAAGUCUUAUUGUACUAAGUCAUUCAGAAGCUGCUACUGACCUGUGUUUAUAUAGCUUUAUCGUCACAAUUCUGCUGGCAGGAGCAGCCAUCUCAAUCACAGUGGUCAUUUGCAGAUCCCUCGUCUCUAAGCACACCAAACCUGAAAACCAAGGGCUAGUCCAUGCAAUUUUAACGUCGUUUAAUCGUGUUGCUGGCUUAUCAGGCCCUAUUUUCGGAAGUAGCUUAUACACUCGGAAGGCAACCAUGGGAUGGAUUCUUGCAGUUUUACAAGUGCUUGGUUUAGUAUUGCUUGUACUUGCUUAUAAGAAACUUAAAGUAGUGAAGAAGGCCGAAAAGGUUAGUUCCUAGCCUUAAUGUCUUUGAAGUUUGUCUUUUAGCUUUAUUGCUUUUAAUAUGUAAUUAGUUGUAGUGCUCAGUUAAAAAAUUAGCAUAUUUAGCGCAGGGUUUAAACUGCAGAUCGCAGGAUGGUGCUUUUGAUUGGGAUAAGGAUCUCAGAGUCACGGGCUCGAUGUGAGCUACGUUUAAGCAGAGUUUUGGUUUAAGAUUUCAUUGUCUCAAACAACGCAUAAAUAGCCGAAAAAGCGAGCUUUAUUAUUUCUUGAAUUAACAUACAGUCUGCAGUGUAACCCUCUGCUUUAUUAGAACCAAUUUCGAUAAUAUGAACUAUUUUAUAACAUUUUACACUUUUAUUAAGUCUUAGCUUUUUUUACAUAAUGAAUUACAAUUGUCAAUAUAAUUUCUGUAAUUUGUAAUUAAUGAAUGAAUUUUGUUAUUCAAUAAGCUUUUGCAACUGGCCUAAGAAUACUUCGCAUAACAAUAUCUAGAGGGCAAGAAAAAUGCUGGGUCUUCGCCCUGUGUUUAUAAAUCCCACAGUUUCCAUGUUUUCCACUCACUUAUUAUUCUCGACUAUUGUUAAUAACCUGUGAUGUAAUUUGAAAUGACGUAAUUUUAAAAACACUUGUUAUCAAUUAUAACACCAAUCCUUUUACAGUUUUGGAUUACUAAGUUGUUGUUUUAUAUGAAUACUGUUGCGGUGAUAAGAGUGCUUCCAGUUUGAUUCUAGCAAACACCACAGAUUUUCUUCUGGUACUUGGGUGUCUUCGUG